UUGUUCAGAGUGGUCCAUCCACUAAAGAAAAGAGUGCCUUAUCCUGCGGGGAGCCCACUCAUGGCUCUCAAAAAUCAAAUCUGAAAAAGAAAGCUGAUGGCCACUCCAAGGAAUAUACUCUUAAAGAGAGAGAGAUAGAUAUCUACCUUUCCUUUGCCUCAAAACCAGAUUAUAACAUCUGCAACUAGGAUAGAAAGCCAUGGCUCUAUAUGGUGCAAGACUAGUUUUGCCCAUAGAUCUAAAGAAGAAGCCAUGGGAGCAGAAACUACCCCUUCACAACCGGUGGCACCCGGAUAUACCUCCGGUCGCUGAGGUUAGAACCGGAGAGCUUUUCAGGGUGGAGAUGAUGGACUUCAGUGGCGGUAGGAUAACAAAGGAAUACUCUGCCGAAGACAUCAAACAUGCUGACCCCUCUAUUGUGCAUUACCUUAGCGGGCCGAUUAGAGUUACAGAUGCAGAUGGUGCCCCGGCAAAACCAGGAGAUCUUCUUGUAGUUGAAAUCUGCAACUUGGGUCCUCUACCUGGGGAUGAGUGGGGUUAUACAGCGACGUUCGACAGAGAAAAUGGGGGCGGUUUUCUGACUGACCAUUUCCCAUGUGCAACAAAAGCCAUCUGGUAUUUUGAAGGAAUAUACGCCUAUUCUCCUCACAUACCAGGUGUACGGUUUCCUGGCUUAACUCACCCUGGAAUUAUUGGAACUGCACCUUCCAUGGAACUACUAAAUAUAUGGAAUGAAAGGGAGAGGGAAGUAGAAGAAACUGGCCUUCAAACUCUGAAAUUAUGUGAAGUUUUGCAUUCUAGGCCUCUGGCAAACCUACCAUCACCCAAAGGUUGCCUUCUUGGCAAGAUUAAAGAGGGUACUUCAGAAUGGGAAAAAAUCACUCACGAGGCUGCAAGGACGAUUCCAGGAAGAGAAAAUGGAGGAAAUUGCGACAUCAAAAAUCUCAGCCGAGGAUCAAAAAUAUACCUCCCGGUAUUUGUAGAGGGAGCGAAUUUUAGCACGGGAGACAUGCACUUUUCUCAAGGCGAUGGUGAAGUCUCGUUCUGCGGGGCAAUUGAGAUGAGUGGCUUUCUUGAACUCAAAUGUGAAAUCAUCAGAGGUGGAAUGAAAGAGUACCUCACACCAAUGGGACCGACUCCCCUACACGUAAACCCAAUAUUCGAGAUAGGUCCGGUUGAGCCCAGAUUCUCAGAAUGGUUAGUAUUUGAGGGAAUAAGUGUCGACGAAAGUGGAAGGCAGCACUACCUCGACGCAAGUGUUGCUUAUAAACGUGCAGUGCUCAAUGCGAUCGACUACCUGUCAAAAUUUGGGUAUUCUAAAGAACAGAUAUAUCUUUUGCUAUCAUGCUGCCCAUGCGAAGGAAGGAUUUCCGGAAUAGUAGACUCCCCCAAUGCUUGUGCUACCCUUGCAAUCCCAACAGCCAUCUUUGAUCAGGAUAUUCGUCCAAAAGUCAGCAAAGUGCCAGUUGGGCCACGGCUCGUGAGGAAUCCAGAUGUGCUGAAAUGUACGUACGAUGGCAAUCUUCCAACCACAAAGAACCCUUGCUCCGCUACAUAAUCGCUACCAACAACUGCAAGCAAUGCAAAGAUUAUCGUGCAAAAAUAUCCCCUUAAUGCAUGUAGAGAUAAUGCAAAUACAGGGUACUUUUCUAGUGGCUGGAAAUAAUCGAAUAAGCGAUACUUUGAAACUAUGAGGAACAAUGUACUCUAAGCUCUCCUGUACACUAUGUUUGGACUAUCAGUUCACAACUUCAAGUAAGGCACUGAAA